UACCAUUUCAUGUGCCAACCAGAAAGAGGACUGUCACUACCAAUUCAGGACUUGCGUCUCCUCAUUUUCUCAUCUUCGUCCCUUGUGAAUAUUUGACGCUGAAGCACUGUCAUCACUUCUUGACUGUGCUUCCAUAGAGGACAAGUUGGACCGAACCGAGGGGAACCGCCCUCCUAAACCGCCAUGUUGCUCUGGGCACUGUGGAGUAUAAUUGUCUUGCUGAUUCCGCUGGAUGCUGCACAAAAGAAAGAAGAUGUCCGAGCAGGCUGCAGCACAGCAGUGAAUGACUUGGUUUUUAUUGUGGAUGGCUCGUGGAGUGUUGGCGUUGCUGAUUUUGAAACAGCCAAGCAAUGGCUUAUCAAUAUCACCAGUCAAUUUGAUAUCAGCUCCCACUAUACACAGGUGGCUGUGAUCCAGUACAGUGACACUCAUCGUCUGGAGAUCCCUCUGGGAGAACAACAAAGUGCUGCAGAACUCAUUCAGGCCAUUCGAGGCAUCCCAUACAUGGGAGGAAACACACAGACUGGCAGAGCCAUUAAGUUUGCCGUGGACCAUGUUUUCGCCACAUCCAAGCGAGCCAGCCAAGUCAAGAACCGCAUCGCUGUUGUGGUCACAGAUGGCAAAUCCCAAGAUGACGUAACGGAUGCCAGUAUUGAGGCACGAGCUCAAAGCAUUACAGUGUUUGCAGUCGGGGUUGGGAGCGAGAUCACAAACUCCGAGCUCGUAUCCAUCGCUAACAAACCAUCUUCCACUUAUGUCCUGUACGCUGAAGAUUACACCACCAUUGAUCGUAUUCGAGAUUCCAUGGAACAGAGACUCUGCGAAGAAUCCGUGUGUCCCACAAGGAUACCGGUGGCAUCUCGAGAUGAGAAAGGUUUCGAGCUAAUGGUGGGCAUGAAUAUUGAGAAAAAAGCCAAGAAAAUUCCCGGGUCUCUGGAAUCCGAGACGGCCUUCACUCUUACGUCUUCCACUGACAUUACCGAGGACACCAGAGAGAUUUUCCCAGAAGGCCUUCCUCCCUCCUACGUAUUUGUAGCCACCAUCCGUCUAAAGGGAAUUGCCCAAAUGCUGAACUUUGACCUUUGGCGGGUGUUAUCAAAGGACAAAAAGAUCCAGGCUGCAGUGACACUGAACGGAAAGGACAAAACGGUCACAUUUACCACCACUAAAAUGACAAACAUGGAGCAGAAGAUUGUCUUCAAUAUAGGAUUCGAGUCACUAUUUGAUGGAAUGUGGCAUCAGCUUAAACUCCUGGUGAGACCCAGCCAGGUCACCGCUUUCCUUGACGAUCACAGGAUGCAGGAAAUAAUACCCGAACCAAUGGAGCCCAUUUACAUCAAUGGGAAGACACAGGUGGCAAAGAGACGGGAAAUAGAUGUCACUGUUCCCAUACAAAUCCAGAAAUUACGCCUGUACUGUGAUCCUCUUCAGAGUGAGAGAGAGACAGCUUGUGAGAUCUUCUAUGUGGAUGAUGAAAGGUGUCCUCUGAAUCGAAAAGCCGCAAUUGCAGAAGUGGAGGGCUCCAAUGGUGUCGUUGGACCUGGGCAACGUGGCCCACCAGGACGCACGGGGGACAAAGGAGAGGCGGGAUUACCUGGUGCUGAUGGUAAGCCUGGUGAAAGUGGGAAGCCUGGCCCUCCUGGAUUACAGGGGCAGAAGGGUGCUGACGGCUCACCAGGACCAAGAGGACUUCCUGGAAUGAAGAGUGACAGCGAGAUAAAAGGCUUACCAGGACCACAGGGUCUUCCAGGGGAGAGGGGUGAACCAGGAUAUCCAGGAGAGGAGGGUUUAAAGGGAGAUCCUGGUGCUGUUGGAGUUCAAGGAGCCCCGGGAACUCCAGGAGAAGUAGGCCCACCAGGACCUCAGGGAGAGAGGGGAUACCCAGGACCACCAGGCACACAAGGACCACCGGGGAACUGCGGUGAUUCGAGGGGUAAUACUUGUCUCGGUUCACCAGGGCAGAAGGGCUCAACAGGGGAGCCAGGUUUUCCAGGAUUGCCAGGUGCCCCAGGGCAUCCAGGGUACAAAGGUCAUUGGGGAGAAAAUGGAAAGCCUGGCCCAAAAGGAAAUAAGGGGGAUCCAGGCAGAGAAGGCGAGCCAGGAAUUCCUGCCAUACCUGGCCAAGUGGGACCCAGGGGAAAGCAAGGAGAGAAAGGAUUGAAAGGUGAUGAAGGCCCCAGGGGGAUUGAAGGAAAGAAAGGGGACAUGGGCCACAACGGUCACAUGGGCGCUGUUGGUCCAAGGGGAUCUCCCGGCCUGGAUGGGCUGCCCGGUCAACCGGGUCAGCCUGGAUUUCCUGGAAAGCCAGGCAAGUCACCAUCAGAUGAGCAUCUUGUAAAGCUCUGCACCGAUGUUCUACGCGCUCAACUCCCAGCACUUCUCCAGUCCGUGGAUAGAUCAGAAAGAUGUGAAUCCUGCUAUACUAUGAAGGGACCACCUGGUGAGACAGGUGCCCCGGGACCGAAAGGAUCCAUGGGAAUACCAGGUUAUCCUGGCAGAACUGGCUCUGUGGGAUAUCCAGGGACUCCUGGAUUGCAAGGUCCUCCUGGACUCAAAGGUGACAUAGGACCAAGAGGGUUCAAGGGGAGCAAAGGAGAGGGUCACCAGGGACGCCCAGGACCACCCGGACAGCUAGGGGCUCGAGGUCCUCGUGGAUUUGAUGGAGUCGGACAGCCAGGCAACGAGGGAAUUCCUGGGAAACCAGGACCCCCUGGAGAUCCCGGUAAAAGGGGUAAUCCAGGGACACCGGGGAUAUGUGACUUAUCCAUGUGCUAUCAGACCUACAACCUGAGGGAACAUUACAGCAAAGGACCAAAUAUCUGAUGGCGUACAAAACAGCGAGGGACACAAGUGCAAGUGGCUUUAACACCCACAUGUAUCCAGAGGCCAUUUAUUGUAUCGCCGAUUCACAUGUGACUCCUGCACAAGCACGUUGUGUGCAGAACAGCAACACUGGAGGCAGAAAUAUCCUCAUAUGUUGAGUCAUACUGAAACGGGUGAUUCAUCCUUACACAAUUCAUGGUCAACUCUUUGUAUUCUGGGAUAUAAAUUGUACUUUUCAAUUUUGUCGCGUUUAUUAGUUUCAAGGGCCAGAAAAACAGAGUAGCACCAAAGGAGAUCCUUUCAUCACAUUGUAGUUGUUAUCUUGUCUGGCGCAGGUCUAUCACCCUCUUUAUCCUAAACACAAAAGCUGGUGCUAAUUGUAAAUCAGCCACUGUGACAAACAGGCUACUAAGAAUCCUGUUAUUUAUAUUUAUAUUGACCCGCUUAGUAAUACUGACUGGAUUUGCAUUUCUCGAAGAAUUUUUAAAAUCUCUAAUUUACCUCACCUACAUUAUAGGAUCUAGGCAUGUAUUUUUUUUAUGAUAUUUUAAAUAGAGGCCUGUUACCUGCUGAGAAUAAUGUAUAUAUAUAUAAAAUGCCUAUUCAAGUUUAAUAUUUGUUCAUCUAUAGAAGUAAACUAAUCAGUGCAACUCUAUUGGUGCUGCUCUACGUUGUGUAUUUCGAAUCCUCCAAUACUAUCACAGUGAAAAAUUCACUGACUUUGUAGUACUCGUGAGCUGAGGAGCUCCAUUUAGACAAAAGUAGUACUUUGCCUCCAUCUCCUUGUAUCUGGUUGGCAGUUACAGUACAGUAGAGGAGAGUCAAUGAAUCCUAGCAAAAGGUGUACCGUAUUUUCCGGCCUAUAAGGCGCACCGUACUAUAAGGCGCACCUUCAAUGAAUGGCCCAUUUUAAAACUUUAUCCUUAUAUAAGGCGCACCGGACUAUAAGGCGCACCAUUAAUGCAUCAUGUCAGAUUUUUAAUCCAAAUCAAAUCAUUCUCCAUUUUAUCUUUUUUAUUUCAACUUCAGACGGAAACAAAUUACUUUAUAAUCAUAAAAUAAUGAUCCAUAGUCUUUUUAAGUCAUGAUUCAUAGUCUUCAGCGGGCCACUUAUGAUUGAUUUUAUGACACAAUGCUUUGGGCCAGUUUAAAUUUAGGAAUUUGGUCCAUAUAUAAGGCGCACCGGGCUAUAAGGCGCACUGUUGGUUUUUGAGAAAAAUUUAGGUUUUUAGGUGCACCUUAUAGGGCGGAAAAUACGGUACCCAAUUUCAAUCAGUUUUUUAUUUGUUGUUACGUCCUGCAGUGUGAAUUGGCGAUUUACAGCGGCAGUCAUUGGCAACGUAGCAUCGUUGCUAGAGCCCGAUGAUUUGUGCAGAUUAGUUUUGUUUCAUUAUUUUCCAGGGACUCAAAGCUGUUUAGAUCAGAAUUAUGUGCUGCUUCCAAGGUCUCUCGGAUAAACUUUACAGCGUGUCGAGACAAACAGCAGCUAUUUCAGUCGGAUGCAGGUAGAUGCAUUUAGCAUUCAUAUGAGCGUCUCCAGACAAAAAGAAGACGGAGGCAGCAAAACGAUGCAUUUGCAAGGAGUGGGAUGAUUUUGGCUCCAAAUGAAAUUCUAUCACCCCACAUUUAGCUGCAGAUUAAAUUUAGUUGCCUUGCAACAAUAGGUUUCCCUCUAUGUUUCCACAGAAAAGAGUUUUGGCACAAACGUCAGCAAAAAAAAUGUCAUUUGGAACCAUCAAAAAUACCUUGUGGGAUAACAAAACUAACAAGCUCCUCUCGACGGGCUUUGCGCAUCAGGAAGCCGAUUUUUAAAUGAUGUUUUUCCACUUUCAUACGGUACAUUUCGACUUGUCAGAGUUGGCAAGUCCCCAAAGAAUAGCAAACUCUGUCAUAGGUUUUCACAGCACAUGAAUGACUUGUUGUAUGAACGAGUGCAAAUAAUGGUUGAGAUUUUCAAACGGAACCACAGCAGGUGAAAUAAAAAAUAAAAAAUCAUGUUUGUCCAUGCCAACCAUCCUAUUUUUGCAAAUUGGAUAUAGAUUAUGGCAGUUGGAGAACCCUUUGAAUGGUCUUAUUGUAAACCGUUAUAUUAGUAGAAUAAGCUCAACAACAAUGAAAAAAGUUUUCACAGUUUCUCCUGUAGCUGGGUGCUUUCACCCCCCGCAUUUCUUGUACACUGUGCCGGAGUUUGAAAACGAUAAUGGUUAUAUUGACUAAAUCUCAAACUUUGCUUUAAAUUUGUAUUGUUUUUUCUUUUGUCCUCCAAUCCUGGUAGUGCAAUGAUUUAUGAAUAGCCUUUGUAGUUGUUUAUCACUUUGGAGUAGUGUCACAAAGCCAUAAAUGUAUUUGUAAUAUAUCCUGAAAAGAGAAAUUGUCAUUUCUAUUUUGUUGGGCAUUAUUUAUCUUCAUAUUAGUAAAUAAAUGUUUGUUGAUUUUUGGACGCUAUUGCAUUUUGUUGUUGUUUUGGCUUUACAAAUGUGUUUUAUAUGACAAUAAAUAUUGUUGCUCAUCUUA